UUGGAUAGUAUCUGGUUGACCUUCGCGUUUCUGCCGAAGAUUGCUAAUCUUAACUACUUUUUUCAUGUUCAGUGAAGAUUUAGGAGCUCCAAUCAUCAGUUAUUGAAACUUCGAUUUCUAAGCCGAUUUUUAAAGAUAGGAAAAUGAGGGUCUGAUGACAAAGAAAUGUCACAUUCGAGUGGAGCCUCCUACGCUCCGACGAUUGUACAUGCAUCGAGAAAAGACAACGAAAGAAGGGAAGAUAAGUGCAUUUUAGCUACUUGUGGGAUAUGGAAACACAUUCCUCGGCAGAGCGGUAAGUUCAUUGGUACCGGGAGCCUCAUAAAGGACUUCUUUCCCAGGUGUGAUAAAAAAAUUCAUCUGGUCACAAGCGACAAGGUAAUUUCAUCCGAUGAUUUGAGUUGCUACUACUUGUAUUUCAAGAAGUCAAAAUACACUGAAAAAGGACCAAAGAGACUACUUGGUAUGGUGUCCGACAAAGUGAUCUUCAAAUCAGGCCUCUCGAUUGUCCCUAUUGACCCAAACAAACUCGGCGUGAUUAGGAAACAUACUUCCGGUUUGAUGAAUCACCGUCCGUUUCCCUUAUGCACUAAAGUAAAGGAAGAUUUAAGCAAUCAUGAAUUAUACUGUCACGUCGUUGAGGAAUGGGGAGAGUCAUUUGCCAUAAGACCAUACCAGGUUAAGGGGAUCACGGACGAAGAAACAUAUCUCGCUGACCACAGUUCCGGAAAGAUGGAAAGCGCUAGAUUUCACAAAGAUUAUCGGAAAGGCCUUGGAGCUCCAAUUACAAUCACAGUCGAGGGCGAGGCAGUUGCUGUGGGUGCCAUUACUCUUGGCAGCAACGAGCAGAUUUCUUUUGUCCUGUUUUCAGAGACUGAUAGAACACGGGCAUUUUCAGAUGAAAGAAAUGGAGGAGGGGAAUCAGCAUUAAAAGGAGAAAAACAGAAGGAUUGUUCUAAACAAGAUGGUGGUACAUUAACAUCAAGUUCCAGCAAGGAUACAUGGCAACAAGAACCUUCAAACCACUCUGUGGAUCAGGACACAUCCGCUCAAGGUAAAAGAAAAAUGCCACUUUAUCAUCAUGCAACUGAAAUUGAAAAUGGGAGAACCACUUCAGAAAAUGGAAUGGUGAUUGAACGACAACAAGAGUUGGAGGGAAAUUUGGCAAUGGGUUAUCAGCAUACUUUACAGUCCGCCCACGAUACUGCUGCUUGCAAUAGAGGAAGUAAUUGGUGGUCAUCUUUGAAGUCAUGGUUCCCCUUUUCGAAUAAUUCUGACAGAUGUGAUAAUAAUGGAAAUUUGUCUCUAAAUCUAUCGGGGAAUAGCUGUUAUGAAGUAAGCAUUGAACCAGCCAAGACUCCUUUGAAGGGUGGAGGAUCUUGCUGGUUCACUUUUGAACCAGACUUACCGUCAGACAUUACUUCUGGAACUGCUAAGUUUUGUGGUCUAGGCUCUAUUGAUUUGAAUGGAGUUAAACAUAAGACAAACUGUCUUGUUGGAAGAAGAAUUCCUUACGCUGAGGAAGAAGGUUGGGUCACUGUAAAAGUGAAUGGAAAAAGUGACAGGACUGGCAAAUCAAGUUAUCUUGGGCAGACAGAAAUUUAUUAUUUCAAUGAACGCAAAGAGCUUCUCAAGCAAAUAGUCCAGGACAAAGAGCAGCUUCACACCUUCUUCGAAACAUGGAAAACUGCUUGUAAAGGGUACUCCACUUAUAGCAAAGAAAAAGAGACGAAAUCCCGUGGUUCAGGGUGCAUAAAUUCAGGGAAUCCACUAAAUUCACUUCAAGGCUUACUGCUGUUGGUGUAUACAGCAGCGGAAACUAAUACUCGGCAGUUCAUUGAAUUAGUCUUCAAUUCGUCAGCUGGAAAAGUGGUCUUCAACGCCUACAGGUAUACUUCUCCAUUACCAGAAGAUGUUGCGAGAGCAUUUGGCCACGAAGAUACUGCGCAGUACCUUGAGUCCAUAAGUAAAAGAUUGUCUGAAGAUUUGAGCGUCAAUGAAGAACAAUUAAAAGCAAGUCAUAUUUUAGAGCUUGCAGAGGCAGUAAAAAAUCAAUCAAACGGCAAUCAUUGGGAAAACUGUUUCUCUACAGAAUCAGAGAAACAGUUUCAAUCAGCUAAAAAAGACGAAGGAAAAAACGAUUCUGUGUUCACAGAUGAAGUUGAUCAAGGACUACCAAAUCAUGAAGUUCUAGAGAAAGUUGACGACCUUCAACAAGAGGUUAAAGAGAACGAAACGAAACUUCAAGAAAAAGAAGAGGAUCCUCAAGAAAACAGAUCGAAACUCCAACAAAAAUACGAAGAAAUUGAAGGAAAAGGGAAUCAACAACAGACUCUUGAAGAACAAUUGCAAACCGAAGUCUCCCCGUUUUGCAUUCUUCCUCCUGAACCUACACAAGACGUCUCCCCUCGCGGAUCGGAGGUUGGUAAAGUCACACAACACCUCAAAGCGCUCAAAGCCGGAAAUCCUGGAAGUGGAAAUUCUCAGCUGGCCCGUCUAACAGCCAAGCGAUUCUUCGACGAAGACAAAGAAACUCCCUGUGCGAUUCCAAUUGUCAGGACGCUUAAAGCUGAAAGUUCAGCAUUGAAAGUUCAGUUAGGUCUUGUACACCGUCAGCUGGGUGACCUCAGGCGAGCGGAACACCGUCUCCGUCGAGCGCUAGCUAUUAAGCUUAAAAAUCUCGGACCUGAGCAUGCUGAUGUCGCAGCGUCUUACAAUAACCUUGGUCUCGUACACCGUCAACUGGGUGAUCAAAGGCAGGCGAAAGACUGUCUCCAGAAGGCGCUGGCUAUUAGGCUUAAAAAUCUCGGACCUGAGCAUGCUGAUGUCGCAGCGUCUUACAAUAACCUGGGUCUCGUACACCGUCAACUGGGUGAUCUAAAGCAGGCAAAAGACUGUCUUCAGAAGGCACUGGCUAUUAAGCUUAAAAAUCUCGGACCUGAACAUGCAGAUGUCGCAGCGUCUUACAAUAACCUGGCUAAUGUGCACCGUCAGCUGGGUGACUUAAACCAGACAAAAGACUUUCACGAGCGAGCACUGGAUGUUUACAUGAAAAACCUCGGACCUGAGCAUGCUGACGUCGCAGCGUUUUACAAUAACCUGGGUCUCGUACACCGUCAACUGGGUGAUCUAAGGCGAGCGGAAUACUGUCUCCAGAAGGCACUGGCUAUUAAGCUUAAAAAUCUCGGACCUGAGCAUGCUGAUGUCGCAGCGUCCUACAAUAACCUGGGUAAUGUGCACAGUCAGCUGGGUGACUUAAACCAGGCAAAAGAAUGUCACAAGCGAGCACUGGAUGUUUACAUGAAAAACCUCGGACCUGAGCAUGCUGAUGUCGCAGCGUCUUACAAUAACCUGGGAAUUGUACACAGUCAGCUGGGUGACCUAAGGCAUGCGAAAGACGUUCUCAAUCAGGCAAUGGCUAUUAAUCUUAAAAAUCUCGGACCUGAGCAUGCUGAUGUCGCAGCGUCUUACAAUAACCUGGGUAAUGUACACAGUCAGUUGGGUGACCUAAACCAGGCAAAAGACUUUCUCGGGAGGGCGCUGGCUAUUAAGCUUAAAACUCUCGGACGUGAGCAUGCUGAUGUCGCAGUGUCUUACAACAACCUGGGUCGUGUACACAGUCAGCUAGACGACCUAAACCAGGCUAAAGACUGUCAUGAGCGGGCACUGGCUAUUAGGCUUAAAAAUCUCGGACCUGAGCAUGAUGAUAUCGCAGUGUCUUGCAAUAACCUGGGUCAUGUACACAGUCAGCUGGGUGACCUAAGGCAGGCGAAAGACUUUUUCGGGAGGGCGCUGGCUAUUAAGCUUAAAAAUCUUGGACCUGAGCAUGCUGAUGUCGGAGUGUCUUACAAUAACCUGGGUCAUGUACACCACUUGGUGACCUAAACUAGGCAAAAGACUUUCAUGAGGGAGGCUUGGUGUUUACAUGAUUAAUGGACUCCUGUGAAGAGCCAAUCAGAGUGCAGUUAGUGACGCUUUGCACGAGCCGCAGCAGAUCACGGAAAUGAAAAAUAGAAUCAAAACCUGCC